CCGCCUCAUCCAAGAUACUGUAAUUCCUAAAAUCAAGCCUCUUUCUACAAACCCUAACGCUAAUAAAUUCCCCAAAUUCGAAGCAAAAUCGAUCUGGGGUUCAUCUGCAGAAUCCAAUCUUUUCUAUCCGGAAUCAUGGGCGGUGGAGUGAUCAGGGCCGCGUCGAAGGUGGCGGGGUUCGGGGUGCCUUCCGGCGGCAUCCGCAGUGUCGCCGGGGACCACUUUCAGGUAUCCCGAAGAGCAGCUUCUCUCCGUCCCGCGGCCUCUACGGCGGAGGAAGUGAAGCUUGUGGCAUCGAAUGUGGAAGGUAGCGAGCAGAGGACUGCCUCAGCGGUCGACGAUUGGGUGUUUGCCGAUGGGGAUGGCGACUUUGUGGCCUGUGCUUCGAUGCCUAGGGUUGUGUUUGGCGCCGCUCCGACGCUGCAGGAAGCCAAAGAGGCCACUGCCGAACUCUCGGUGGCUCUCGAGAAGACAUUUUUUUCAUCUGCAUCCACGGGUUCAGUUGUUGCAGACCUCUCAAAUUCACAGAUGGUAGAAGCCAAAGGAUAUGUUGGUACUGAGAUUGGAAUUGCAUCUGCAGUGCCGUCGUCCACUCUUAUGGCCUUUAAGUUCCUAAAGGAAAACCCUGUGGCCCAGAAUGUCGUUGCUUCAGUUGCCUGUGAUCCAAAUGUCUGGAACGCUGUGCUCCAAAACCCGGAGCUCCAGGGGUUUCUGCAGUCGCAGCAAUCAUGUUUUGUGGGCACAGACGACACCAGCUCAGCAACUGCUAAGUUGGUUGCAGAUAGUAGUAGCAUGUUCGAUCAGGCAUCGAGGACAAGUGGUUCUGAGGAUGGAAAAUCUGGAGGCAGCUUUUUCGACAAGAUCAAGAGCACAGUGGUUAACAUGAUGAACAGUCUCUCGGAUUUCUUUGCAAAAAUGUUUGGGGGAGGCAGCAAUGGCGUGGGUGUGAGUGUGGGUGUGGCUGAAGCAUCGACUGUCGUGGGGCUGGCGAUUAUUGCCAUUGUAGUGAUUGUGUUGAAGCGAGGUUAAAGAGAUAGAAGAAGAUGAUGAAAAUUAAUUAAUAAUUAAUUUGUCGAAUUUACGUGUGCCUGCAGCUGAAGUAGUUUUGUUUCUUGCUUCAUGGUCUGGUCUGUACAAAGUCCUUUUUAUGUGUUUUCUUUGGUAUAAUUUUUCUUAGUAUUUGAAUUUUGUAUUUUUUUACAAAUUUUUUAUAAAGUACAUAAUCUGUGCUCGUGCUCAAUAAUUUAGGAGGUGUGUUUUUUAUGUACUCUUAAAUUUAUUGUUUUUAUUUUAAUAAAUAAUGAUCUACUUUUUUUAGUUUAA